AUGGAGAUUCAUGAACGAACACAUCCUGGAAAGAUAAGCUUCGUUCCUUUGUUUUUUCCUUCUUUCUUUACUUCAUUUCUUUCUUUGAAUUUUUAUUCAUUGAUAGCAUCUAUAUUCUAUCUUUUUAUUUGUUUUUCUAUCUUUCUUUCCUUUUCUUUUCUUUCUUCCCUUUUCUUUCUUUCUUUCUUUCUUUCUUUCUUUCUUUCUUUCUUUCGUUUUUACUUUCUUAGUAUCUGUUCCGCUAUUUAUUUACUUAUACCCUUUCCUUCGCAUCAUUGUGUGUUCGGUUUUUCUUUCUUUAUUUAUUCAUUGAUAGUCUCACACUUUCUUUCUAUCUUUCUUUCAAAUUUCUUUUUUUUUUUUCUUUCUUUUUUCUUUCUUAAAACUUUUGUUUUCUUUCUGUUUGUUAUUUUAUUUACUGAUAGUUUCCCUCUUCCCUUUUGUCCUCCCCUUCUUUUCUCUUUCUUUCUUUCUUUUUCUUUCUUUCUUGGUCUGAUCGGCCCUCUCUUCUUUCAUUUUCUUUUCUUUCUUCUCUUAUUAGCCUCUCUCUUUUUUCUUUCUUACUUUUUCUUUUUGAUUGAUAGGAUCUUCUUCUUUCUUUCUUUUUUUUCUUUUUUUUUUUUUUCUUCAUUGAUAAAGCUUCCCUCUUCAGUCUUCUUUCUUUCUUUUGGCACUUUCUUUCUUUCUUUAUUGAUAGGCUCCUCUCGGAUUCUUUCUUUCUUUCUUUCUUCUUUCUUUUUCUUUCUUCAUUUUCUUAUUUCCUCCCUCUUCAGCUCUUCUUUCUUCUUUUUUUUUUCUUUCUUGAUUGAUUUCUUUUCUCUCUUUCUUCCUUUCUUUUUUCUUUCUUUCUUCAUUUCUUCUUUUGUUCCCUCUUCAGUCUCUCUUUCUUUCUUUCUUUCUUUUCUUUUCUUUCUUCUCCACCUUCUCUUUUCUUCUUUCUUUCUUUCUUUCUUUCUUUCUUCAUUGAUAGCCUCUCUCUUCUUUCUUUCUUUCUUUCUUUCUUUUCCAACUUGUCAGUUUCUUUCCACCUACUCAUUGUUCUUUUAUUAUUUUAUCUUUUCUUUUCUUUCUUUCAUUCUUCUUCUUCUUCUUCUUCUUUUUCCUUGCAAAGUUAGAAUGACAGCAACUGAAAAGAAAUUCUCAAUUCUUAUCUUUCUUCUCACUGAAAAUAGUUAA